UCCUAGAAAAUAUUUCCCUAGGACCACAGAUUCUUUCGAGCUUGCGACGUUCGCCUGAAGGUAGCGCGAUGUGUAACCAGCAGGCUGUCACAGCUCCACAUGGCCUUGUGACGCGAUAUGGGCUCCGACUCAAUCGCGCUCGCUCGCUCGCUAUAGCGAACUCGAGUUUCCAGUCUGCUGACGUUGACGGAACAGAACCGGUUCCUAGCAGCCUCGAGUUGAUCUCAUGACGGCAAUUUCACCCUUUUACCCCGUCUUCCAGUCAACAGCAAGUAUGCUCCUCUGUUCGUAGACGAACCGCUUUCUAACCGCGGGCAAUGGGCGAUCUAAACGGAAGUGGGAGACGACUUCGUUUUGGGCAGCUAAACUCCAGGAGCUCAAUGCCCAAAAUUUCCGUGAUUGAAGGCGAACGAGCCACGGCAUUUGCCUCGGGCAGAUGCGAACUUCGAGAAUCGGCGUAAACCAUUGGGCUUGGAGUGUAACCGCACACCACCGAUUGCCUCAGCCGUCCGAAUUCCCGGCUCCGAUCCACAGAAUGGAGCCAGCGUUUCGCGGAAUAGUUUUUUUCCGGGCAGCAGAUUUGGUUCUUCCCUUCGUCUCUGCCCACUGUGGUUCCCUCUCUCCAUACGAGGUCCGUUCCCUCUGCCUUGGGACUGCCAACGCCUUCUACAAAUGCAGACGCAGCUCUCAGACGUCAUUUCCACUUCACUGCAGUUUCAGUUUCAGUUGUUCUCACUCUCAGACUUCUCGUUUUCAGUAGUAUUCUUCGAACUCCUGCCCCUCGGCCGUUUAGCCCUCCCAUCGUGCAAUGGCCUCCCGGAGCUCCCCUGCUCUCAUCGGAUACACGAGUCGUUCGAUCGACCACGCCUUCUGGCACGACUUCAGCGUGGCCGACGGUACGUGGUUGUACGCGCCACUGACUUCCCGCUCCAUUGAUCAUGAGUUCUGGAAGGAAUUCAGUGAAGAAGCGUGCACGUGGCUCUCUGGCCCGGUAUGCUCGUCGUCCGCUGAAGACUCGUCCAUCGAGCAUGCGUUCUGGGAAGACUACACGGAAGAGGAGCGCACAUGGCUGUACGUCCCGGGGUUUCCUUUCUGCGAGCCCGUCGUCGCCUUGACGCUUGGUGCUGCACCUGCUGCCAGCACCACUGCGAUCGGCACGUUAACGACUGGCUGCAGCAGCAUUAGCAUCGCCAGCAGCAACACCAGCGGCAGCAGCAUCAUCAGCAGCAGCUCCAGCAGCAGCAGCAGCAGCAGCAGCCGUGGCUCCAAGCGUCCCAACAGCGCGGUCACGGUCACGAGCCAGAGGCGGAAGCACUGGCUGCGCGAGAUUGCAUUCCGCGUGGGGCGCUUCAACGAGGAGGAAGCGUGCAAUCCGCGCUCCCCCCGUGCCUCGCUGGGCUUCUCCCCCCUGCGACCCAAGGCCGUGGCGAAGCCGGCGAGCAAGAAGCCCAGGCCCAGGGAUGUCAUGGCAAGCGCUGCAGCUGCUGCGAGAUCCAAAGCGGUGCAGAGUGGUCAGGCAACGGCUGCAGCUGCAGCAGUCAAGGCCACGCCAGCUAAGGCCACGUCAGCUAAGGCCACCACUGCUAAGGUCCCGUCAGCUAAGGCCACGUCAAUUAAGGACACGUCUGCUAAGUUCACGUCAGCUAAGGUCUCGUCAGAUAAGGUCAAGUCAGUUAAGGUCGCGUCGGCUAAGGUCACGUCAGCUAAGGUCACGCCGGCUAAGGCGACGGCUGUAGGGCUUGGUGCUGCGAAGGUAGCAGCUACGAAGUGGACAGCUGUGAAGAGCGCAAGCUCUAACAAGGGUGCAGCCAUAGAGGUUUUGCCAGUGAAGAACUCUCCUGCCAAGGCAGUGGAAGCGAAAUGUGCAGGUGGGGGUGUUGAGAGGACAGCAGGCAAGGUCAUGGGCCCCGCAGCAAGACAAGCAGCAGCACUGCCAGGAGCACCUGUGGCCCACACAUUGAAGUCGACUGGCCAUGGCGCGUCUCAGAUCCCCAGGCCUGUGCAAGCAAGGACAGCAGCAACGGCUGUGGUGGGUGAGAGAGUGGGAGGGGUGGUGCCAAGGGAGGCAGGGCCAGCGUCAAAAAGCAGUGUGAAAACAACAAGGGCGGCAGCAGGCAUGACGGCAAGUGGCAUUCCGAAGCCAGGCAAGGCAGCAGGGAAGUGAUUGAGGGAAGGGUGGACUGGUAGCGGUAGCAGCAGCAGCAUCAGCAGCAGCAAGCAGAUCCAGUGCCUUCCUAAUGGGGAUGUGCAGGGAAAUGUGGUGUGGUUGAGAUGGCAUGGCUGGUGGGGGCUAGUGGGAGGUGCACGGAGGGUCGUACCCCUUUUUCCACCCUGCUUGCAGGGUGUUGCGGGAGAGAUGGGAGGAGACGUGGAGGAAUGUGGUCUGCUGGACGGUGGUCAGAGGGAAUCCAAAGAAACCUGGAUGGCACUGGAUCUGCUGCAACAUAGAAGAUAGAUUCUCUUUUAUAUUUAUUGCUUAGAUAUAUGGGUCUAGUGUGGUGAUGUCUUAUGAUCUUGUAAUAAUUCAUACUAUAAAGACCAGGUGCGGUAUCAUUGCCUUCUUCAAGUGGGUGUU